UCUUCUUUUUUAUGCAAACCCACUUUCAAUAUGGCUGCAGGUCCACGGUGGAAGUUUUGAAGCUUUCAUGCUACGUUUCCAGUCGCGUUUCAGAGUAUGAGCGUCAGCUGCGUCCGUCUACAAAAAUCAUUUUCCUGUUGCUUUGGAAAACGUAAUGCCAAAAUGUGUACAUAGUGCUGGACAUCAUUCCUAUUUUCAGCUUAAGGCUUCUGCUCCAAAGAAUGCAAAGUGACUGCAUGCUGGCUGUGUCCUGCAUAACCUCUCGGGUUCAUAAGCUGCCUUUCAUCUCUCGAGAUGGUGUUAUUUACAUUGCCGUGUGGAUUUUAAUUACAGCCAGUGUUUUUGAAGCAGCAGUCAUGGAUGAAGACAAAUCAGAGAUGGAGGCAGCGUCCACACCUUGCUGGCAGGUGGAAGAGUUUGUAGUUUCUAAAGAAUGUGCCCAAUGCACCCCUUACGAAUCUAAGUCUUCAUCAGCCUGUAGCAUGACAGGUUAUGUUGAAACUAUCAGAUGUCCCAAAUCCAAGAGAGACGAGUACAAAAGCUGUCGUUCUGCUGUAAUGGAGGAGCAUCUAUUCUGGAAGUUUGAAGGUUCCAUGGUUGGACUGACUGUCAUUUUUGCAGUCGUAGUGGUCUUUCGACAGAGGGCAUUGGACCGACUUGCUUCAGAAAAAGUGCGCAAGCAGAUUGAAUCUAUUUAAGUCCUAUGGAGACUUUGGGAUUUACUAGUCUAUACAAUGAACUUCUUCAAGGAUUGUUGAAUUCUUUUUAAUGAACAAGGACUCUGGUGUAAACAAAGACUUUUGCAAUGUGUUGUAACAUUUAGAAAUGCCAUAACUUCUGGCCACUUUUAUAUGAUUUACUACUCAAUGUAGCUGUUUUUGCUUGCUUGCCAUGAUCACUUGUUGCUUUCUCAGUUACAGUUCUGCAAAAAUUCAUAUUUAUAAGGACAUACAUCUCCAUUUUGGUAGCAUAAAAUGAUAUAUGAGAAUUAUGGAGAUUAAAAUUUCUUCUUUUCCAUUUUUGUUUUUACUGGUUCUAAAAUGUCUUCUUUUCUUAAGCAGUCAUUUAAUUUCAGAGACAAAGCAAAUGUAUUGAUGCACUCAUUCCAUUUCUGCCAGAUAAAAGUAUGUUUAUAAAUUCUGUAAGAUCAUGUGUUUUUACUGCUUAGUCUCUUCACUUUUAGAUUUAUUUUUCUUUUACCAGAGAUCAGACAAAAAUGGUUUUGCUAAGAAUUACAAAGGGUUUAAAUGAAAAUGUAAUUAAAAAUAGCCUUUAACUUUUGUUGGUUUCAUUCUGUAUGCAAUAUAUCUUUAUUUAAGCAUUGUGUCGGUACCCUUUUAAUAACAUGAGUUUUGUUUGACAGACACAUUGUUCUGUUCUUUAAAGAUACAGAUUUAUAAAUUAAUUGCAGCUUUUAUUUUUUAAUUGGAAGAUCAUCCUUGUACUUUGUAAUGGGUGCGAUUCCUGCCCAGGAUCCAGUGCUGCUAGGAUGCACUUCAGCCACCAGAAACUGUGAACUGGAUAAAGCAGGUAAUAAAAUGGUUGGAUAGAUGGAGAACCCACUUGUAUAGAAGUUAUCAAGAGUUUCAAGUAUUUGAUAUAUGUAAAAUUGCACAGUUUUUAUUUGUUCCCAUCAAUGGGUUUUCAGGGUUUUUAUUACUUUAGGACUUUGAACAUUACUACAACAAAUUUAAUAUUUAUAUAAUGAGGAGUAUAGGAGGUGUUUCAUUUUCUGAAGUGUUAAACCAGAUUAGUCCUAAUCACUGUUUUGGGAAAGCAAUCGUAUGAGAUCUAGAAAUCAUGAUUAGAGUGUGAUGGAAAGACACAUACAGGGCAGGGAAUUAGGAGACCAGUGAGAGGGAAAAAUAGCAGAGUGGAAUGACCAAGUUAAUCUCCAGCACUGAGUUAAAAGCUGCAAAGGGUCUGAGUAUUAGUGACAUAAAAUAAUCCAGCAGUUUUGUGCUUAUAACUUCUCCAGAAUAAAUGCAGAUUUUUUCCAAAUUCUUUGUUCACAUAUUUCUAGUGACUGAAGUCAAGCAAUUUGCUCUGAAUCAGACAUUAUUUAUUUAAACAUGAAAAUGGGUGUUUUAUUUGGUUGUGUUGUUUUUCAUGACAGAUGUUAAAGCAAUUAAAAUGGUUGAUGCAUUUUUAUAUAUAAAUA